AUGGAGCUUCGUCGACGCUGCCAGCGCAGCCCGCUUUUGCACGCAUUGCUCUUGUGCACUUUUCUCAACGAGGCCGCCGCUGCUCUUCCCUACAACCCAUCUUCAGCCUUCCUCUCUCCAUCUCGUGACAAUGCACUUGUCUACAUAUUGCAGCCCAGCAGCUCCCACGACAACGAAAUUGAGUUCCUGUCUCUGAACAUCUCUCAGAGUCUGGAUCCUCAAGCCCCAGAGUUUCACACUUUGCUCUCCAGGGUUCCAUUCUCAGGGACGAGACAAAAUGCAAGUUUCACUCCGGUCAUCGAUACUUAUGGCGUGAUCUCGGUCUUUGAGGGAGACUGUCGCAAAGGGGCGGCGACGGCUGAUUAUCUUUGGCAAUUUACCCCGGAUAGUAACAGCACGAUUGGCAAUGGGUCCUGGAUACAGUAUGAGGUGGACACUACAGAGGGUCUGGCCAGGCCAAAUUAUUUGGCUGCUGGCUUCUCGUUCUCCUCCAGCCGGUCUCCUGUGCCUACAUUCUACUCAUUCGGAGGCAUGUGUCCCUUUGCCAAUACUACAGCUGAUACGUGGAUCUCGGCAGCAAACUACUCGCAGUCGAUGGUGAUGAUCGAUGGAGAAUCUCGAAAAACCCCCCAGUACUCGGCCGUGAUCACUGGAGAUCGCGCGCCCCCCGUUCCCGAGGCUGGGAUGGCUGCUGUCGCACUUCCAGCAACCAAGUCUCAGACUCAGACCCAGCAAGAUUUUCUGCUCAUUGGUGGCCACACUCAACAGGCGUUUCUCAACAUGUCUCAGCUGGCAAUCUUCUCCGUUCCCCAGAACAGUUGGACCUUUGUUACGGUGAAUUCUGAACCUUCCUUGAGAACCGAGCUGGCGAUCAGAGACGUAUCGAUGGUGGAACCCCGAUCUGGUCACGCAGCUGUGCUGUCAGGAGAUGGAACAAAAGUCUUUGUUGUCGGUGGCUGGGUGGGAGAUACGUCAACCCCUGCGAACCCUCAACUUGUGAUUUUGAAUAUCGGCGAAGAGUAUGGUGGCACUGGCCCAUGGUCAUGGACCGAACCUCCUCAAUCAGGAACGGGGAUGAUCGAGGGUACCGGACUCUUUGGUCAUUCUGUGGCGAUGCUGCCAGGAGAUAUCUUGAUGAUCACCGGAGGCUACACUAUUCCCAAAGGCUCAUCUGCCAAGCGAGCAGCACCCUUAGUCGAGCGCAACUCCCAAGUCUACCUGUUUAACACCACCUCAAGCAGGUGGAUGACUUCUUACUCUAAUCCUCACGCCAUCACAUCUCCCCCAGCGGCUCCUGCUCACCACUCCUUAUCUUCGAGUCAAAAGUUAGGCCUUGGCCUUGGGAUAGGUCUUGGUCUUCCCAUAGUCAUAGUGAUUUUCAUUUGUGCUUAUGGAUACCUUCGAAAGCGGGCCACGCGGAACAAGCGCAAUUCGCAACUUCGUGAUCUGGCGAUAGGCGCCGAACGUGCGCAUUUCUGGACUGGAGACGAGCGCCAUCAGUCGAGCAGUAUCAGAAGCUCGCAAAUGAGCGAGAAGCAAACCCUGGUGCCCUCUUCGCACCCUUCUUGGACAGCGGCCCGGGGAAGUGCCUCUCGGCCUUCGUCCUGGAACGAGCCUCGGGAUGGGGUUGCUGAGAGGACAGGCCUGCUUUCUGAACCACUCAGCCCUACCAAGCCCACGUCCCCUGUGAGCCAGCCACGGGCGUAUCGACCAUUGAGCUUUGCCGACUAUCGCCGCAGUGAAAUAAGUGAAAUCCAUCCAAUCGAUGAGCGUGACGAGGACGAGGCUUUGUCUCGAGAACGACUUAUGUCAACCAUUCCCGAUGAGCCAGACGCGGUGACGAAGGAGUCCGAAGAUCCCUUUACAGAUGACCCUUUCUCAACCCCACGGCCAACAAUCUUCGGGGUGGGCCUCGGCCCAUUUUACAGUCGCCGGAAAGAGCCUAAUUCUGCAUCAGAUGGACGGGCUUCGCCGGCGAGUAAGAGCGAAAGGACCUCCACAAACUUGUCUGAUUCGUCAGCCUUUUCAUUCUGCUCGGCCACGGCUAAGCCGAUGGGACAAGUUUCUCAAGCCAGGGCUGUUUUAGUCGGAGCAACCUCUCGCCUUAGCAGUCAUGGUACCGAACACCUCAUCACGGCGGCGCCCCAGAGCGAUGAAGAUGGUCCUCCAGCCCCUUCGGAAAAAUCAUCGACAGAUUCCUACUCCACUGCACAGACGAAUUUCUCCCAUCAACAAGCCGAGAUUGAGGUUACCGCCUGGGAUGAAGCCCAAGGCAUCGGACUGGAUGAUGAACACUGUCCGUCGCGCGCUAACACUGACCCGUCGCGGUGGCUCAACCUCCCAGCGCGACGAGGAAGACGACACGGCUUCCCGAGCAUCGGCAUAGAUCGCCGGAGUGCACUCCAAAGCUUGGGUCCGGCAACUGUGGCAAGCGGGACCAAUACACCUCGCCGUACUGUCAGUGCUUCAGCCGAGCUUUUCCGCCGCAAGCAAGGUGCAAGAGACUGGAACGCGAAGAAGCGCCUUUCGGAAGGUCCGUUUGGUAUGCCUCGUGGCACACGCGAUGAUUUGUUCAUCGGAGCACCGGGCUACCUUGGUGAUGAUGAGACAUGUGACGACCUUGAAGAUGACUGGGACGUCGAGGGCGCCGCGGAGGGUCGUAGUGUGCAGAUGACUUAUACUGUACCCCGUGAAAAGCUCCGCGUCGUCAACGCUUCCGCUCGUGAUAUGGAUAAUAUCUCCGAACGCUCUACCAGCGGUGGCUUCCGGCGUGUGAGCGAUUCGAUGGGGAAUCGUCGGGUCAGCCGUUAA